AUGAGGGCCGCGGGCUGGGGGCUGAACUGGGCCGCCGCCCUGUUCCUCGCAGCGGUGGGGACGGCAGUGGCGGACAAAUGUGGGAGAAACGAGUUCCAGUGCCAAGAUGGAAAGUGCAUCUCCUACAAGUGGGUUUGUGACGGGAGCGCCGAGUGCCUGGAUGCCUCAGAUGAGUCCCAGGAGACCUGCAUGUCUGUCACCUGCAAGCUGGGGGACUUCAGCUGUGGGGGCCGUGUCAACCGCUGCAUCCCUGAGUUCUGGAGAUGUGACGGCCAGGUGGACUGCGAGAAUGGCUCAGACGAGCAAGGCUGUCUGCCCAAGACGUGUGCCCAGGAUGAGUUCCGCUGCCAGGACGGGAAGUGCAUCUCCCUGGAGUUCGUCUGUGAUUCGGACCGCGACUGCUUAGACGGGUCCGAUGAGGCAUCCUGCCCCAUGCCCACCUGCAGCCCCGCCCACUUCCAGUGCAACAACUCCGCCUGCAUCCCCGAGCUGUGGGCGUGUGACGGUGACCCGGACUGCAAGGAUGGCUCAGAUGAGUGGCCGCAGCGCUGCGGGGGCCGCAACAUGUCGGCCCCACAAGGGGACGACAACCCCUGCUCAGCGCUGGAGUUUCACUGCCACAGUGGCGAGUGCAUCCACUCGAGCUGGCGCUGUGACGGCGGCCCUGACUGCAAGGACAAGUCUGACGAGGAGAACUGCGCUGUCGCCACGUGCCGACCUGAUGAGUUCCAGUGCUCGGAUGGGACCUGUAUCCAUGGCAGCCGGCAGUGCGACCGGGAAUAUGACUGUAAGGACAUGAGCGACGAGCUUGGCUGCAUCAAUGUGACGCUGUGCGAGGGGCCCAACAAGUUCAAGUGCCACAGCGGCGAAUGCAUCACCCUGGACAAAGUGUGCAACUCGGUCCGGGACUGUCGGGACUGGUCGGACGAGCCUCUGAAGGAGUGCGAGACCAACGAGUGUCUGGACAACAGGGGCGGCUGCUCCCACAUCUGCAACGACCUCAAGAUCGGCUAUGAGUGCUUGUGCCCCGAGGGCUUCCAGCUGGUGGACCAGCGAAGAUGUGAAGAUAUCGAUGAGUGUCAGGAUCCCGACGUGUGCAGCCAGCUCUGCGUGAACCUCGAGGGCAGCUACAAGUGCGAGUGCGAGGCGGGUUUCCAGCUGGACCCCCUCACCAAGGCCUGCAAGGCUGUGGGCACUAUCGCCUACCUGUUUUUCACCAACCGCCACGAGGUGAGGAAGAUGACCCUGGACCGCAGCGAAUACACCAGCCUCAUCCCAAACUUGAAGAACGUGGUCGCCCUGGACACCGAGGUGGCCAGCAACAGAAUAUACUGGUCCGACCUGUCCCAAAGGAAGAUCUACAGCGCCCAAAUCGACAGAGCCCCCGGCUUCUCCUCCUAUGACACCGUCGUCAGCGAGGACCUCCAGGCCCCCGAUGGGCUGGCGGUGGACUGGAUCCACAGCAACAUAUACUGGACAGACUCCAUCCUGGGCACCGUCUCCGUGGCCGACACCAAGGGUGUGAAGAGAAAGACGCUCUUCAAGGAGAAAGGCUCUAAGCCACGUGCCAUCGUGGUGGAUCCCGUUCACGGCUUCAUGUACUGGACGGAUUGGGGAACCCCCGCCGAGAUCAAGAAGGGGGGUCUGAACGGCGUCGAUGUUUACUCGCUAGUGACGGAGGACAUCCAGUGGCCCAAUGGCAUCACCCUGGAUCUUUCUGGUGGCCGCCUCUACUGGGUUGACUCCAAGCUCCACUCCAUCUCGAGCAUUGAUGUCAACGGGGGGAACCGGAAGACCGUUUUGGAGGAUGAGAAAAAGCUGGCACACCCCUUCUCCUUGGCCAUCUUUGAGGAUAAAGUAUUUUGGACGGACAUCAUCAACGAAGCCAUUUUCAGUGCCAACCGCCUCACCGGCUCAGACAUUAAUCUGCUAGCAGAAAACCUGUUGUCCCCGGAGGACAUUGUCCUUUUUCACAACCUCACACAGCCAAGAGGGGUGAACUGGUGUGAGAGGACGGCCCUCCGCAACGGUGGCUGCCAGUACCUGUGUCUCCCGGCCCCACAGAUCAACCCCCACUCACCCAAGUUCACCUGUGCCUGCCCGGAUGGCAUGCUGCUGGCCAAGGACAUGAGGAGCUGCCUCAUAGAGCCCGAACCUGUCGUGACCCCCCGGGCGACCUCCACGGUCACGGUCAGGCCAACGGUGCGCUCCACAGCCGUGAGGACGACAGUGCGCCCCCCAACCGCGGGGCCAAAGCACACAGCCGGCCCGUGGUCCGUGGCCAGCCCUGAGUUCACCACGCCUGAGAUGGUGACAGUGUCCCACCAAGCCCUGGGCGACGCUGCCAGCAGAGGAGACGAGGAGAGACCGAGGAGCGUGGGGGCCCUGUACGUCAUCCUCCCCAUCGUGCUGCUCAUCCUCCUGGGCUUCGGGACCUUCCUUCUCUGGAAGAACUGGCGGCUGAAAAGCAUCAACAGCAUCAACUUUGACAACCCCGUGUACCAGAAGACCACGGAGGACGAGGUCCACAUCUGCUGCAGCCAGGACGGCUACACCUACCCUUCGAGACAGAUGGUCAGCCUGGAGGACGAUGUGGCCUGA